AAAAUCCAUUCUAAUAUUUGGACUCACCCAUUCUCCAGAAAAACUCGCUCUCUCAUCUUCUUCUUCAUCCUCACUCACUUCAAGAAAUCUAACAGAGGGGAGAAAAACCUAAACCUAACCCUAGCUUUAAUCCAAACCCUAAUGGCGCACGAGGACCUCCCGAUCCCGAUCUUCUCCUCCCUCGCCCCCGUCUACGGCGACGGCUCCUCUCUCGAGGAGGCCGAGCUCCGAAUCAAAAACCUAAAAUCCAAGUUCGCUGAAUUAUUCGACGGCGAUCAGCCUGAUCUUUUCGCUAGAUCUCCAGGGAGAGUGAAUUUGAUCGGCGAGCAUAUUGAUUAUGAGGGGUACUCGGUGUUGCCGAUGGCGAUUCGGCAGGAUACGAUUGUAGGGAUCAAGAAGAGGAGCGAUUCGAAGCCGCUGUUGAGAAUUGGGAAUGUUAAUGAUAAGUAUAGCUUGUGUACCUAUCCUGCUGAUCCUAAUCAGGAAAUUGAUUUGAAGAAUCACAAAUGGGGGCAUUAUUUUAUUUGUGGUUACAAGGGAUUUUAUGAGUUUGCUAAAGCGAAAGGAUUCGAUCUGGGCGCACCCGUCGGCCUUGAUGUAGUUGUUGAUGGGAUAGUUCCUACAGGAUCUGGACUCUCAAGCUCAGCAGCAUUUGUAUGCUCUGCCACAAUUGCUAUAAUGGCUGCUUUUGAUGCAAAGUAUCCAAAGAAAGAAAUUGCUCAACUUACAUGUGAAUGUGAACGCCACAUUGGAACACAGUCUGGCGGGAUGGAUCAGGCUAUCUCUAUAAUGGCCAAAGCUGGAUUUGCGGAGCUUAUAGAUUUCAAUCCUAUUCGUGCUAGUGACGUAAAACUACCUGCUGGUGGAAGUUUUGUGAUUGCUCAUUCUCUGGCAGAAUCGCAGAAAGCAGUAACUGCUGCAACAAAUUAUAACAAUCGGGUGGUUGAAUGCCGCUUGGCUGCUAUUGUUCUUGCAAUAAAGUUGGGAAUGAGACCGAAAGAGGCUGUUUCCAAUGUGAAAACUCUUUCUGAUGUUGAGGGAUUGUGUGUAACUUUUGCUGGUAAAUCUGGAUCUACUGACCCCUUUGUGGCAGUUAAGGAGUUCUUGCAUGAGGAGCCUUAUACUGCAGAGGAUAUUGAGAAAAUCACUGAAGAAAGUCUUACCUCUAUAUUCACGAAUUCUGCUUCUUCAUUGGACGUAUUAAGAGCUGCUAAGCACUUUAAGCUGUUUCAGCGUGCUUCCCAUGUAUACUCUGAAGCCAGGCGUGUUCAUGAUUUCAGAAAUGCCGUCUUAUCAAACAGCAGUGAUGAAGACAUUCUUAAGAGACUCGGUGAUCUGAUGAAUGACAGUCAUUAUAGCUGCAGUGUUCUGUAUGAGUGCAGUUGCCCGGAGUUGGAAGAGCUUGUGAAAGUUUGUCGAGACAAUGGAGCACUUGGAGCGAGACUUACCGGUGCUGGUUGGGGUGGCUGUGCAGUUGCUUUAGUUAAAGAAAGUAUCGUCCCUCAGUUCAUUCUCAAUUUAAAGGAGUCAUUCUACCAGUCUAGGAUUGAGAAGGGUAUCAUCAACAAGAAUGAUCUCGGUCUUUAUGUCUUUGCCUCCAAGCCUUCGAACGGCGCUGCAAUACUCAAGCUUUAAGUUGAAUUCUUUUCAAGCAUGAUUGCCUCUAUUUGAUCCUAGCCUCGGGAAUGAGAGAACAUUUUUUUUUCUAAUAAAAGUGUUUUCUGAAAAAAUUAUCGUUAAGCUUUUACCUAUAGUUUUUGUACAGAUAAUAAUAGAAACCAUGUUACAUUUGACUGUAGAUAAUUAACAUGGGUUGGACGCAAUAAUUCAGUAAGAUAUGAAAUUGCUGUGGAUUCCUGUA